AUGAGUAUGCUCAGGCUUCAGAAGAGGCUUGCCUCCAGCGUCCUUCGCUGUGGCAAAAAGAAGGUCUGGUUGGACCCCAAUGAGACUAAUGAAAUCGCCAAUGCCAACUCCCGCCAGCAGAUCCGGAAGCUGAUCAAAGAUGGGCUAAUCAUCCGGAAGCCUGUGACUGUCCAUUCCCGGGCUCGAUGCCGGAAAUACACCUUGGCUCGCCGGAAGGGCAGGCAUAUGGGUAUAGGUAAGCGAAAGGGUACUGCCAAUGCUCGAAUGCCUGAGAAGGUAACCUGGAUGAGGAGGAUGAGAAUUCUGCGCCGGCUGCUCAGACGAUACCGUGAAUCUAAGAAGAUUGACCGCCACAUGUAUCACAGCCUGUACCUGAAGGUGAAGGGUAACGUGUUCAAAAACAAACGGAUUCUCAUGGAACAUAUCCACGAGCUGAAGGCAGACAAGGCUAGCAAGAAGCUUCUGGGGACCAGGCUGAGGCCCGCAGGUCUAAGACCAAGGAAGCCCGCAAGCGCCGGGAAGAGCGGCUCCAGGCCAAGAAGGAGGAACUCAUCAAGACUCUGUCCAAGGAGGAAGGGACCAAGAAAUAA